AUCAGUGUAUAAAAGAAUUUUAAUCAGUUACUGCGACUCCUUCUCUGGUAAGGAAGAAAGAUGAAGGUGCUAGCCAGAAGCAAGUUAAACACCGUUACAAAAGCGACACGUGAAUCCAGUCACAUCCGGAUUCAGACACACGUAAUGUCAACAAACUAGCUUGGCGCGCCUCGUGUCUGUGUUGUUCCAGGAACUCGUUCUCAGUAGUAUCAAUCUUUUACUUAUUUUCCGUCUGGAAGACCCAUUAAUGAACUACAGUACUUUUAUUGAGUAUGUCUGAGAUGAAUAAAAAGCCUGUCACUUUCAUACCAGGAAUCUUCAGAGCACAGAAUGUUAAUGAUAAGGUUCAGAAAGAUGAACCAUUUGUUUCUGAAGAAUCACUACAGCAGUAUUGCAGCCUCUUUGCUGCUGAUGGCAUCCCCAAUAAUAUUCGAGAGGAUCCAUAUCUGGCUGAAAUAAUAAGAUUUUCUGAUGAAGACUUAGACAGCAUAGCACAGCUUCAGAGUCAACGAGAAGAACGACAAAAGGAAGAAGAAAAGAGAAGAGAAGAAAAACAAAAGGCAGAUCAAAAGGCAGAGAAAAAAGCUUAUAGCAAGGUGGAUAAGACUUUGAAGGAGAAAGCUUUCUACUUAAAAAAGCAGUGCCCAGUGAAAAUACCACACAAAUCAUCAUUAACGCAUGAGGAGCAUGCCGCUUACUUGCGAGUAUUUAUCAGCCUCAAAGAAAAGUCAACCACAAGUGGAGCAGAAAUACCAGGAUAUGAUCAGUUUCUGAGGCUUCAAAGCCGUGUUUUUGAAGAACAGGUCCAUUUUAUGAAGUUUUCACAUCAGGUUGCAGUACUUGAACUUCAUUCAUACAAUACCAUCCCGGAAGUUAUCAACAAAUACAUUGAUGAAUAUGUUCAGCACCGCUGCAAGAGAGCAUCAAAGUAUAAGGAUCUUUAUGCCACAGAACAGCAGAUACCCAUUUGUCCACAGGAUCCUGAAAAAAACUUUAGCAAGUUGUCUUUUACACACAUUGGUCAUGUCUUGAGUUUGGGAACCUUGCCAUUAAUAAGAAUUCCACACAAGCUGAAGUCAUAUACUCUCAAGAUUGAUGAGAGCGUAUCUGAGAGGGAAUGUCUAGCACGAAGGAUGGUUCAGGAUAAGAAUGUACUGAAUGACACCCCAGUGAGUGCUGAUCGCAAUGCAGAGUACCUGGCUCAGCAGCAUCGGGCAGAUAUUGUAAUAUCAACAAGUGCUUUGAAAGUUCUUGCUGAUAACCAUGGUCCAAAUUUUGAUAAAGAAUGGGACAUACCUGUGGAGGUCAAAUCAUAUAUGACAAAAGAUGCUGAGGGAAACAUGACUAAACACAGAGUGGUAUAUAUUGACAAGCCGAUGCCCAAGAAGGUCUGGACACCUUUAGAAAAGAAGCAGUUGUUUUUUAAGAAAGCUAGCUUGUUAAAUUUUACUGAAAUCGUACAUAACAAAAUGUUCAGAAUGGCAACUCCAGUUGUGUUCCAGUACUCAGAGACAAACAAAAGUGAUUGUGAUGCUGCAUCAAGAACUAUUGCUGAGUAUGAUGAUCACUUUUUGGAUCUUUCUGAUAUGACUGACAAUGAUGUUUUUGGAGGUGAAUCUUUAGAAAGGAGGAAAAAGGAAAACAUAUUCAAAGAAAAGAAAAGCAAGGAUAAAACAGUCAAUUCUGCAAAAUUAUCCAGAUUAGAGACAGAGAAGUUACAAAUUUCUGAAGGCAAAAUACAGGAAGAUAAAGAUCCAAAAGUGAACUAUCAGGAUGACACAGAGCAAGAAACUUUUGAUGAAAGUUGCUCAAAACAUUUUUUGGACAACUUAUUGAGCUUGCAAGAUUCUUUGUUGAAACCUUCACAUACUCAUGGUAAUGAAACUGGAGCUCAUAAGGAUGAAACAUCCACACCAAGCAGAUCUCAACCAAGGCCUUGGACUAACAAACUAUCCACAGAUUGGAAGAAUGCUUUUGAACCUCACUUAUGUCCUGACUGGACAGGUAAGAAUGUGCACUACCAACUCUUCUCCUUGGGUCCAGAUGCCAGUCAUUCCAAUAGUCCCUUACUGUGUAUGCGCAUCCUUGUGAGAAGUAACCUUCAUGGUCUCUCUCAGUUUGAAAAAAAGCAGGAAAAGUGCAAAACAUAUGUCACUUCCACAAAAAUUGAAAACCAACCAUACUUUGGAUGUGAAGUAAGCACACUGUCUGAAAUCACUCAGCAAUGGGUUCAACUUUUGGUUCGGCCAAAUACAUCCCUCCUUCUUUUGCGUGUGUGUAACAACUCGGGUGAAAUUCUCAUGACUGAAGAGAGAUGUUUACCAGAGAUCUUAAAGGAUGGGAAACAAUCCCAUGUGGGAUUUUCUUCUUCUCAGCCUUUGGCAAUCUUUUAUGCAGUAUUUUCUACAGUACUUCGACAGCCAACAGGUCAUUACCUCCUCCAUCAUGACCCUAAAACUGAAGCUUUCAUUCAGCUCAUGAAAGCAGCUGAUCCUGACAAAGAAACCAAUUUGCAGGUAUAUAAUCUGCACAAGGCAUAUGCAACAGCUUCAGUCAGUACAAGAGUAUAUACUGCACCUCCCUGGGUAACAAUAGACACACACAUCCUUACGCCAUUCCAUAAGAAGCACAUGAAAAUUCCAGGAACUUUUCCCAUGAACAAUCCUAUGAAGAUACUGACCAAGAGAGAAAAGAAGAAAAUAAUAUCAAGAGCCAAAAACAAGAAAGAUUUGGAUAAUAAAAAAGAACUUGAUGCAUUUUGAAGACAUCAUUUAGAAACCAUAUGCUGUAUGAAGCUCAGUACGACUUCUGGGAAAAUCCAGGACAAAGAUACUACGCUUCAAGACUUGAAGGGCUAUGGACUUCCAUCUCGACAACAGAUUUCCACCAAACAGGCUGCCAUCUAUAGAUGUAUCCUUCAGCUCCAGAGAGAGUGAGUCAGCUACUAAAGCAGUUGUAAACUUUCCUGAGUUGACCAUCCAGCAACUUAAAAGGUUUGGCAGUGCACAGUUGAAGAGUGCCAGAGGUCAGCUGAUUUAAUUGCAACUGUGAAUCAGAACCAAGAUUAAAUGAAGACCCUAUUGGAGAUGGCACCUUUCAAGUCAUGUCACAGCAACCUAUUUGGCAUCCAUCUGUUCUUCCAGUUUACAUUUCACCAAUAGUAUCCUAUGAACGAUGAGGAAACCAAGUAUUCUGCACCGUAGGAGGUUGGUUGCCUGAGGCAAUCUAAUCAGUAACAAGCCUACAAGAACAGCUUGGGAUAUAUACAUACAUGGUAUUUUUUAACACCACCACCAAACUCUGAGAAUAAAUCCACAUUUUAAAACAAAUCUUCAUUAUCUAUUAAAAAUGCAUAUAAAUUAGCUACCUAUCACUGAGAUACAGAAUAGUGUGUACAGAGCCGUAGUCAAUCCAGCAUGAAACAAACUGAACACCUGCAGUCCAUCCUUGGUCAGUGACAGACACUGUGAUUAUUACUGUUCCUCCCUGUUAUUAUUCAUAUCAAUAAAACUAUGUGCUUA